CACCUGCCUUCGCCCCAACCUCGCCAUGCGGACCCCGAGAGCGCCCCUUCCCCGCCUGGCUCUACUGCGCCUGCUGCUGCUACUGGGGGGCGCCCAUGGUCUCUUCCCUGAGGAGCUACCACCGCUCAGUGUGGCCCCCAAGGACUACCUGAGCCACUAUCCCGUGUUCGUGGGGAGCGGAGCAGGACGCCUGGCCCCUGCAGAGGGCCCCGAUGACCUCAACAUCCAGCGGGUCCUGAGGGUCAACAGGACACUGUUCAUCGGGGACAGGGACAACCUGUACCGGGUGGAGCUGGAGCCCCCCACGUCUUCAGAGCUGCGUUACCAGCGGAAACUCACCUGGCGCUCCAACCCCAGCGACAUCAACGUGUGCAGGAUGAAAGGCAAGCAGGAGGGCGAGUGUCGGAACUUCGUAAAGGUGCUCUUACUUCGAGAUGAAUCCACGCUGUUCGUGUGUGGUUCCAACGCCUUCAACCCUGUGUGCGCCAACUACAGUAUAGACACGCUGCAGCCCCUCGGGGAGAACAUCAGUGGCAUGGCCCGCUGCCCGUACGACCCCAAACAUGCAAAUGUCGCCCUCUUCUCUGAUGGGAUGCUCUUCACGGCCACUGUUACUGACUUCCUAGCCAUCGAUGCAGUCAUCUACCGCAGCCUCGGAGACCGGCCCACCCUGCGCACCGUGAAACAUGACUCCAAGUGGUUCAAAGAACCCUACUUUAUCCACGCGGUAGAAUGGGGCAGCCACGUCUACUUCUUCUUCCGGGAGCUCGCCAUGGAGUUUAACUACCUGGAGAAGGUGGUGGUGUCCCGCGUGGCCCGGGUGUGCAAGAAUGACGUGGGCGGCUCCCCUCGCGUGCUGGAGAAACAGUGGACCUCCUUCCUGAAGGCGAGGCUCAACUGCUCUGUGCCCGGGGACUCCCACUUCUACUUCAACGUGCUGCAGGCCGUCACGGGCGUGGUCAGCCUGGGGGGGCGGCCUGUGGUCCUUGCUGUCUUCUCUACCCCCAGCAACAGCAUCCCUGGCUCGGCCGUCUGCGCCUUUGACAUGACACAGGUGGCUGCUGUGUUCGAAGGCCGUUUCCGUGAGCAGAAGUCCCCGGAGUCCAUCUGGACGCCCGUGCCAGAGGAUCAGGUUCCGCGGCCCCGGCCGGGUUGCUGUGCGGCGCCUGGCAUGCCGUACAAUACCUCCAGCGCCUUCCCCGACGAGAUCCUCAACUUCGUCAAGACCCACCCCCUGAUGGACGAGGCGGUGCCGUCGCUGGGCCACGCGCCCUGGAUCGUGCGGACCUUGAUGCGGCACCAGCUGACGAGAGUGGCUGUGGACGCGGGCGCCGGCCCCUGGGGCAACCAGACAGUGGUGUUCCUGGGGUCGGAGGCAGGCACCGUCCUCAAGUUUCUCGUCUGGCCCAAUGCCAGCGCCCUGGGCACUGGGGGACCCAGCGUCUUCCUGGAGGAGUUCGAGACCUACCGGCCAGACAGGUGUGGACGGCCUAGCGACGAUGAGACAGGGCAGAGGCUGCUGAGCCUGGAGCUGGACACGGCCUCAGGUGGCCUUCUGGCGGCCUUUCCCCGCUGCGUGGUGCGCGUGCCAGUGGCCCGCUGCCAGCAGUACUCGGGGUGCAUGAAGAACUGUAUUGGCAGCCAGGACCCCUACUGCGGGUGGACCCCCGACGGCUCCUGCAUCUUCCUCAGCCCUGGCACCAGAGCCUCCUUUGAACAGGAUGUGUCCGGGGCCAGCACCUCAGGCUUAGGGGACUGCACAGGACUCCUGCGGGCCAGCCUGUCCGAGGAGCGUGCCGGGCUGGUGUCUGUGAACCUGCUGGUGACGUCGUCGGUGGCGGCCUUCGUGGUGGGCGCCGUGGUGUCCGGCUUCAGCGUGGGCUGGUACGUGGGACUCCGAGAGCGACGUGAGCUGGCCCGCCGCAAGGACAAGGAGGCCAUCCUGGCCCACGGGGGCGGCGAGUCUGUGCUGAGCGUGAGCCGGCUGGGCGAGCGCCGGGCAGGGGGCCCCGGGAACGUGCUCUGGGGCUUCCAGAAGGCCCGGGAGCCUCCGAGGUGCCGGUUAGGAGUUUGUUGGGGAGACGGGAGGGGUUUUCAGGUAGGGGUGCCGGGAGGCCUGCCCAGAAGUCAUAUUGGCGGCAGCUGCCCGAAGGGCUCAGGGGCCGGGGGAAGGCCGAGGUGGGGGGCCCCUGUAAAUAUGGCCCCAGGGUGGUCAGAGGGUCCCACGACACCCGUCCUUUUGUGACCUCCCCUUGACCUCAGCUGACCAUGCAUGCCACGUGGCCAGCUGAGUCCUGGACCUCUCUGGAGUUUGCCUCCCCCACCCGCUCCCCAUCAAUAAAACUGUUUACAAC